UGGCUACAGGCUAAGGCGCAAGGGAAGAUGGAGCAAGUCGGCGCGAAGCUUCUCGACAUGAACGCUCCGCUGGACGUGGCGAUGCUGGACGAAGUCGUAGCGUGCAUGCAGAACCCCAACAACCCCCAUCACGCGAUGGCAAACGAGAUAAUGGUUGCCUUCCAGGGCCACCAGGACUCGUGGACUCGGGUGUCCCAAAUCCUCGAAACCUCAACUUAUCAACCGACCAAGUACUUUGGACUGCAGAUCUUGGAAGACGCAAUCAAAUAUAAAUGGUUUAUCAUGCCGAAGGAACAGCGCGAAGGGAUCAAGCAAUAUAUUGUCGGCAAGAUCCUGACCUUGGCAGCAGAUGAAACAACGAUGCGAAAGGAGCGCCUCUUUAUCAACAAGCUGAACCUCGUGCUUGUCCAGGUGUUGAAGCACGAGUGGCCAAAGAACUGGCCUACCUUCAUCACGGACAUCUGCACCUCGAGUCAGAAAUCCGAAGUCCUUUGCGAGAACAACAUGUUGAUUUUGAAGCUGCUGAGCGAAGAAAUUUUUGACUUUUCAAAGGAUCAAAUGACUGAGAAAAAGACGAAAGCGCUCAAGGAGUCGCUCAACCACGAAUUUGUGCAGAUCUUUCGUCUGUGCGAGUUUGUCUUGGACAAGUCGACCCACAUCCCGCUCCUCACCAUCACGCUGCAAACGCUCCUGCGCUUCCUCUCGUGGAUUCCACUCGGUUUUAUCUUUGAAACCAACUUGGUCGAAACCCUCGUGAAGAAGUUCUUUGCCACCCAAGCCUUUCGAAACGACACGAUUGCGUGCCUCAGUGAAAUCGCCACGCUGACCGACGUCCCCCAGACCUACGACAACGUGUACGUGCAAAUGUAUUUGGCGAUCCUGCAUGAACUGGCGCGCAUCGUCCCGCCUGGCCACUCGAUGGAGCGAAUCCAUCAUCUUGAUAGCGUGUUUGUCCAAGGGCUGUCGCUGUUUUUCACCAACUUUUUCCGGCACCACAUCCGUGUGAUUGAGCAACCGAUCACGCGCCCGAGCGACGAAGCGCACAUUGCGCUCUUGACUGGGUUUCAGUACCUUAUCAGCAUCAGCGAAGUAGACGACGAAAACAUUUUCAAAAUUUGCCUCGACUAUUGGCACCUCCUCACGCGAGACUUGUACUCGCUUGAUCAAAACCAAGCCCAGUCCCAUGGCAUGAACGUUCUCGCAUUGACGCGGCGAGCGGCCGAACCGGACCCGUUGAGUCGGAAGUCGCUGCUGAAGGUGAUCCUGUCCCGCCUGCGCGUUGUCAUGAUCUCCAAGAUGGUCAAACCGUCGGAAGUACUCAUCGUGGAGGAUGAAAACGGCGAAAUCGUGCGGGAAACCACCAAGGACACGGAAGCGCUAAGCCAGUACAAGACGAUGCACGAAGGCCUGGUGUACCUCACGCAUUUGGACUACGACGAUACGGAAACCAUCAUGCUGGAAAAGCUGACCGACCAAGUCGAAGGCAAUGGGUGGUCGUGGAACAACCUGAACACGUUGUGUUGGGCGAUCGGGUCGAUUUCGGGCGCCAUGAGCGAAGAGAACGAGAAGCGCUUCCUCGUGACAGUGAUCAAGGAUCUCUUGGGGCUGUGUGAAAUGAAGCGCGGCAAGGACAACAAGGCCGUGGUUGCGUCCAACAUCAUGUACGUCGUGGGGCAGUACCCUCGGUUCCUGCGGGCGCACUGGAAGUUCCUCAAGACGGUCGUAAACAAAUUGUUUGAGUUUAUGCACGAACUGCAUCCAGGUGUCCAGGAUAUGGCCUGUGAUACGUUUCUCAAGAUUGCGCAAAAGUGCCGCCGCAAGUUUGUCGUGCUCCAGCCCGGCGAGCCGUAUCCGUUUGUCGAAGAGCUCAUGAUGGAGCUGCCCAAGACAGUGAGCGACCUCGAACCCCAUCAACUGCACACGUUUUACGAAGCAGUGGCGUCGAUGCUGGCUGCGGAGACCGUUCCCGCGCGCAAGGACACGCUCGUCGCAGAGCUCAUGAAGCUCCCCAACGCGGCGUGGCAAAACCUCAUGCAGCAAGCGGCGCAGAACGUCGACGUGCUGUUUGACCCACAAGCAGUCAAAGAAAUCGUCAAGAUCAUUCGCACCAACGGCAACGUGUGCAAGGCGAUCGGGCCCAACGGCUUCAAUUCGCAGAUGGGCGCGAUUUUUCAAGACUUGCUCAACGUGUACCGCACGUACACGCAGCGCAUUGCGCAGCGCGUCGCGCACGGCGGCGAGCACGCUACCAAGACGUCCGAGGUCCGCAGCCUACGCAACGCCAAGAAGGAAAGCCUGCGACUGUUUGAAGCGUUUGUCGAACACUCGAGCGCCGACGAGAACGGUCGCCAAACGAUUGCGCGCCACUUUUUACCGCUGCUGCUCGAAGUCGUCCUGUCCGACUACAAGACGACUGUCGCAAACGCGAAAGAAUCUGAAGUUCUCACGCUCUUGGCCACUUGCAUCAGCAAACUCAAGCACGCGGUUGCGCCGAGCGCCCCCGGCAUGCUCGAAGCAGUGUUUGAAUGUACGCUCGAAAUGAUUACGCGCAACUUUGAGGAUUUUCCCGAACACCGUGUCAACUUUUUCAAGCUGCUCAAGGCCGUCAACGAAUUCUGCGUCGAAGCGCUGUUCAACAUCCCGGCCGAGCAUUUCAAGCUCGUUGUCGACUCGAUCGUGUGGGCGUUCAAGCACACGGAACGCACGGUCGCCGACACGGUAAGUCAGCACCUGCGUGCCUCGUUUUCUUGUUUUGGUGCGAAUGGAUGGCUCUUGCUCGUGGUGGCUUGGUUGGCGUCGUUCCCACGGCAUCCACGAUCGCGUGAGGAUGUGUCGUUCGACAUGUCGUCCCAGUGGCCAUGCCUGCCUGCUCGUACCGACCGCUGGAUGGAUCGCAUGACACGCGAAGGAUGCAUGUCGGUUGGCACUGACCUCUUUCGGCUUGUCCUGUCUACCUGCAUCGAGCCGUUGGAAGCUUCAAUGUGUGUGUGUGUGCUUGUACUCUGCCAUGUGAUGCCGAGAGGGUUGUAUGGGCCACGUGGCGCCGCGUGUUGGUUGGGAAGGAUGGCAACCUGUGUCGUCCAUUUGUCCCUUCAACAGCCGGGACAGAUCCGAUGACUCGAGCCCGUUCGUUGUCUCCCAUAGGGAUUGGAAACGCUGUUUGCGCUGCUGUUGAACGUUCGCGAAAACGAAACCCUGGCGGCGAGUUUUUACCGGUCGUUUUACUUGUCGCUGCUGCAAGACAUUCUGGUUGUGUUGACCGAUCGGUUGCACAAAUUUGGGUUCAAAAUGCACGCGGCGCUGCUCAAGCACAUGUUUUCGCUGGUCGAGAUGAACCAAGUCCACGUCCCGCUGUGGGAAUCGCUGCCGGGGAUGCCGCCUGUGAUGCCGCCUGGCCAAACCAACUCGGUAUAUACGCUCCAUCCACGUCCAUGCCAUGGCCGGCGGCACUUUUGAUGGUCGUUGUGUAGCAAUUUCUCAAGGAAUACGUGGCCAACAUGAUCUCGACGUCGUUCCCCAACAUGUCUCCGUGAGUACAAAAUUCUUCUUGUCGCGAAUGCGCCGUGCGGUUGUUUGUCCCGACGUUGUGGGAGAGCCGAUCCACUGGACUCGAUCGACGUGACGACGUUGAUUUCGUAGGGCCCAAGUCCGUGCGUUUGUCGUGGGAUGCUUUGACAUGACGAAGGACUUGCCAGCGUUCAAAAAGCACUUGCGCGAUUUCUUGGUCAACAUCAAAGAGUUUGCCGGCGAAGACAACGCGGAUCUGUUUCUGGAAGAGAACUUGGCCAUGUCCCAGGAGCGACUGCACCAAGACACGAUCGCGCGCCUUGCCGUCCCCGGGCUCGUCAACCUGUACGAGCGACCGGAUGGCAAUGCCGACGACAUGUCGGAUUUGUAAUACCAGACUCAUGCACGUCGUACGCCUGCGUCCUUGCUUUCGCCGUUCGCGCCGGACGCCCGAAUGUGUUUCCAGUGCUCCAGUGGGGUUUUGAAUCCACGACUGGGACAUACGUCAACGUCAACGAGAACGCCCCCUGAUCGGAUGCCUGCGGGGACGAGGUCGUGGGCGGCGUGGGUCGCGCGUUCUUCGCCCCCGUGGCGUCAUGGCAGAAAGACGUCCAGCCAAGUCUACGUCACGGAGGGUCGUUGGAGAAAUACCGCCACGGACGGCAACAUGGCACGAUGCCAUCGAGCAGCCGGGAGCGCUCUCUCGUGGCACGAGCGUUUCCCUCGGGCGCAGGCCACUGCAGUCGGGUCAUGCCAGUCUGCUGCGAUCGCCCACGAGGUGGAACUGGUCAGGUGAAGACGGCGAGCUCCGGGCAGGUUCUAGCUCUUGUAGCUGGUCGCCAGCGCAGCGACCAGAGAGCCUCCCUUGUUGUUCAUGCCCGAGCACUCGAGCGACUUCGUUCAGGAGGAACGUGCCCAGAACACGACCGUCCCCCCCGGCUCUCAUCGGGGAAAUUUCGCGCAAACGAUUUUGGGCAAUGGACUUUACCAGGCGC